GAGUCUCCUUGAAUCAACGUAACACUGAAGUCUUCCUCAGUCUCCAAUGGCGACGAAAUCGGAGAAUCCAAAGCCACCCAAACCCUUGCCGUCCGUAAUUCAGGCCUACUGGUUGCCGGCGAUCCUCUUCUGCGCCUCCAUGUUCUUCCAGCUCGUUGCUAUUCCUCGCUCUUUUCCUCCUUCUCAUUACGACGCUUUAGGGAUCAAGUCGUUCAGCUCCAUUGAACAAGUGAAUGAGGCAUACCAGAAACUCUAUUUGAAUUGGAAAGCAGGGAAGGGACCUUCUUCAACUCUUGAUAUGAUUAAGGCUCAGUAUGCGUUUGAACUUCUUAGCAAUCCCACAUGGAAAAGGGAUUAUGAUAUAUUUGGCAUUGAUGAACAUCUUCAUGUAAUGGAAAGCAUCAAGGAAAAAUACACUAAUGCAGAUUUUUCUGAUAUUAGUCUUCCAUUGCUGGAACCUACUUCAUGUGAACCAGAUCCGGCUUUUGAAGUGAUUUCAUCCGAGAACUUUGUUUCUAAGCUACAGAACAGCAACACAUUACUUGUUCAGGUUUUCUCAUUUGGGAGCAGCCAAUGCGCCCAGUUUUCUAGUUCUUGGAAAAGAAUCGCUAGUUUACUGGAUGGUAUAGCAAAUACCGGAAUGAUUGAGGUCGGUGAUCUUAAGCUUGCAACGUAUUUAUCUGAAAAGAAAUAUACCGGCGCUCCUUUCUUUCGAAAUGGUCUUCCUUCACUUGUCGCUUUUCCCCCUGGCUGUAAAACUUCAGAUUGCAUUGUUAGGUACACUGGGCAGUUAUCUGUUGAUGCUGUUACUGACUGGUUUGCAACAAACAUCCUAAGCUUACCUCGUAUCUCUUAUUACUCUAUGGAGUCUUUGGCACAAACUUUUCUGGGUAAAGGCAGUCGACAUAAGAUCAAAGUCAUAUUCGUUUCAAAAACAGGACAGCGAGCCACUCCAUAUGUGCGCCACGUGGCUAAAAGCUAUUGGUCUUACGCCUCGUUCGCAUUCACAGUUUGGAGAGAAGAGGAAUCCGUCUUUUGGUCAAAUACGUUUGGGGUGGAAGAAGCUCCCGCAACUGUUAUUCUGAGAGAUCCCGGUGUCAAACCAGUAGUUUACCAUGGAUUAAUGAACAACUCAAGACUUAUUGAUAUCAUGGAACAGAAUAAACAUCAAGUCCUUCCACAAUUAAGAAGUAUUACAUCAAUGGAGUUAGGUUGUGAUCCAAAGGGAUACUCGCGUGCUGGUAACGACACUACGGUUUGGUAUUGUGCUGUUGUUGUGGGUAGGCUGAGUGCCGAACUUCAUAAAAUGCGUGAGACCAUGCGUAGCAUCCAAGAGAUACUAUCAAACGGUGGAGAUGUAGGUCAACUUGAUAACGAAACAGCCACAUCAGCAUCAGUUGCAUUAAAGGAAAAACGGUUAACCUUUGCUUGGGUGGAUGGUGAAGUACAAAAGAGGUUCUGUAUGUUUUACGUAAAUGUGGAGGACAGCCAUGAUACAUGUGGACCUAGGAGGGAUAUUACAGACGUACCUCGAUUAUUUCUUGUACGCUACAAAAGAAAUGAUACAGAAGUGAAUAGAAAAAAUGAGGAAAAUUCGAUGAACAUGUUUGCUUCAAUGGCUUCUAGAGACGUGGACCCCACAUCCCAAUUAGUGGCAUUAUACAAAGGUUUAAAUGAAAUUCCACAGAUAAUUCAAUGGAUCUCAGACACAGUUAGAGAUGGUGACUCCAGAGAUCUCCCGUUUCAUCGGACGUCAACUCCUGAGCUUGUACCUGAAGAUGUAGAUCCGAUUUGGUCAAAAGGCAAGGAGCAAAUUAUAUCCUCAAGUAGAGGAAUGAAACAGAGGAUUGGAACCGUACCGCAAAGAAUUAAUGAUCUUACGGGUGAUCCUCGGCUUGGUCCAAUGUUGCUUUUGGGGGCAUUAAUGUCAUUUGGUUUUAUUUAUCUAAGGAGAAAUCAGUCGAUCAAACCGAAGGAAGAAUCUGAUGAUGGGAGCGAUCCUAAACCUGAGGGUGCUGAACGGUCAAAACUGAGAAGACGACGCCCCAAAAGCCGAACAAACGACAACAUAUCUCCAUCCAUUACCGACAUGGAACCGCCAAAUGCUUUCCAAAUGCCGUUUACGGAUUCUGAUUCAGAGUAAAAGUUGCAGUUUACAGAAAACAAUAUAGAGGCAAGAUGCCUGUGAAAUAUACACGGUGUCUAGUUAGAAACACGUCACAAAUGUGACUUUAUGUUCAUCAAUCAUCAUUAUUAUCAUAAUACUGAAUCUUUUUGUUAAUUUAUCAUUUGGUCCUUGAAUCAAGAGGAUGGUCCAUGUAACCAUAACAAUGAAUUUUUUUUGUUGAAUUAUUGAUCAUAGUUAAAACAUA